UUCUGUCCAGAUGGAAACAACUUAUCAAACGGGCUAUAAAUAACAAUGAACAGAGAUUGUUACUUGGUGACGGACGCUGGUAGCGAGCAAACAUGGUGAAGUUGUACAAAUUGGACGCGAGCCCCCCGGCGCGGGCGUGCAUGGUAGCCUGUGAGCUCUUCAACGUUCCGGUUGAGCUGAUCGACGUCAACCUGUUGGAGGGAGAACAUUUAAAACCCGAAUUUUUGAAGAAAAAUCCAUUACACACCAUACCUGUUCUGGAAGACGGCAGUUUGGUGAUACACGAAAGUCAUGCCGCCUUGAUGUACCUCGCAGAUGUAUACGGCAAACAAGAAACCUUCUACCCGAAAGACACCAAGCAAAGGGCUUUCGUCAACCAAAAACUCUUCUUCAACAGCACCAUUUUGUUCCCGAGACUGCGAAACAUAACGUACCCUUUAAUAAUGGAAGGGUUGAAGGAGAUCCCUCAAAAGAACCUCGACGCCAUCGAGGAGGCGUACGGCUUCAUUGAGGAGUUCCUGUCCCGGACCAAGUAUCUGGCUGGUGAUAAUAUCACCAUCGCUGACAUCGCAGCGUACGCGACGGUCACUAGCCUUCUUAUACUUCUGGAGCUCAACGCUCAAAAAUACCCCAAAACGCAGGCGUGGCUAAAGGAUCUAGAGAAACGACCAUACGUUCAAAAGGGCAACGCAAAAGGUCUUGAGGAUAUAAAACAUUUUAUUAAAUCGAAACUCGCUUAAGCUAAACAGAUCCAAUGGAGUGUUGUGUUUUUUACGUAACAUGAUAAUUGUACGUUUUUUUAUUAUUUAAGGUCGCCUUUUAACAACAAAGGUCAUAUUUUAUCUUAAAUAAAUAAUAUUAUUGAUUUA